CUUUUUCUUAUAUUUUUUGUUUACCAUUCUUUCCAAUUCUUGAAGCUGAUUUCUGGGAUUUUCUGAUACUUGAGAAUAGUUGAAUGUGAUGUUUCUGUACCUUAAAAACUAAUUGAUCUUAGUUGCACAGUUUUCAAGUUGGUUGAUAUCCCGAGAUUGCUUUUUAUCCGUCUCGAUCUGCAUUGUGCUUGCUUUUUGUACCUGUUAAUUCUCUAGAGUUGGUUAUUUAAUUUUGAGAGUUUUGCAUGUUGUUGUUAUACAUUAAAAUCAUGUAUCCAUCGAGGUAUAUAACCAUGAAUCUGAUAUUGCUGAUCAGAAUCUGCCUCAUUGCUUGUUGGAAUCUGAUGACACUAGUUUCAAAUCCUCUAUAGUUUGAUUUCUUCAAACCCAAGAAAGCACAUUGAUUCACUAUAGAUGCCAUGUAUGGACUGAGAAGACCGAUACGAAUAUAAAACUAUUUGUUUCAGUUUGUUAUUGUUGAUUAAUAGCUACUAUAAAAUAUGCUGACCCCUUUAUGGUGAGAAAUUGAUUCUUCUUGGAGAACUUAGGAUAAAUUGUGAAAGGCUUCUAGCCCGUUACAAGUCAAAUAUGCAGAUGGCGAGUUGGAAAGACUAGAGCACAAACUUUUUGUCGGUAUGCUUCCAAAGAAUGUAUCUGAAGCUGAAGUCCUAUCCUUAUUCUCUGUAUACGGAACCAUCAAGGAUCUACAGAUUCUAAGAGGGUCUAUACAAACUAGCAAGGGGUGUCUGUUUCUGAAGUAUGAGUCUAAACAACAAGCGGUCGCAGCUAUGGAAGCCCUCAACGGAAGACAUAUAAUGGAGGGUACAAAUGUUCCUUUGAUUGUCAAAUGGGCGGACACAGAAAGGGAAAGAAAAUCCCGAAGACUUCAAAGAGUUCAAUCUCAUAUCUCCAGACUGGAUCCGCAAAACCCCUCCAUGUUUGGAGCAUUACCUAUGAGUUAUGUUCCUCCUUACAAUGGAUACGGCUAUCAUGUACCUGGAACUUAUGGUUACAUGCUACCACCUAUCCAGAGUCAACAUGCAUUUCACAAUGUAAUUUCACCGAACCAAGGUAACGGAGGAAGUGCAUUGCAGGGAACCGCUUUGACCGAGUCUGUCCCACCACGUUUAGCACCCCGUAGAAAAUUCCCAACGGCUCUCGGAAACUAUGGUUACAAUGGUUUACAGUAUCCUAUGGCAUUUCCUAGAGGGAUGAUACCUCCUCGCCUUCCUCUAACCACAGUUUCACCUGGAAUUUCUAAGAACGGCACAUUAAUACCUUCCUCGCUACAAACUGAAGGACCAGCAGGUGCAAAUCUAUUUAUUUACAACAUACCUCGGGAAUUCGGGGAUCAAGAACUCGCGGUUGCGUUUCAAUCUUUUGGUAAGGUUCUAAGCGCCAAGGUGUUUGUAGACAAGGUCACUGGUAUAAGCAAAUGUUUCGGAUUCAUUAGUUAUGACUCACAAGAGGCUGCUCAGAACGCUAUUAACACAAUGAACGGUCGCCAAAUAAGCGGUAAGAAAUUGAAAGUCCAGCUUAAGAGAGAGCAGCAGCAGCAACAACAGAGUAACAAACCGUUAUUAAACGGUUUAUUAAACUCGUAAAAACCACUGACUUCUCUUCAUCGUUAAGACUCUGCGGGGCGGUUAACGGCAAAUCAGUCCGGUUUAGACAUUAAGAUGGAUCUUGAUUGGGGUGGAUGGGACUCAAGUACAAACAUUGUUGGCCGUUAUUAACAUUUGACAAUCCAAGUCUCAUAUGGUUCAGAAAUUAUUCUCCGAUCACUCAGAAAACUGUAUCGUCCUGCAAAAGGAUUCUCUUCCACGCUCACUUUUUAUAUUUUCUCUAAAAUUUGCUUCAUUACAAUUUGUAAUUUAUGUGUCAUUAAAAAUUAUAUGUAUAAAAUGUUAAGAGACUAUUAACCAUUUUAAAUUCA